AUGGAUAUAGAUGAACAACAACACUUAAAAUCAACAAAUGAAAUUGUUAAAUUUGUACUUAAUUCAAAUUCAUCAUCAUUAACUACUACAAAUUCUAAUCCUAUCCAAGUUGAAAUUCAAAUGCCUAUACAUGUUCAAAAAGUGUAUAUGUAUGAAGCAGAAACUCAAACAUCAUUAUCAUCAUCAUCAUCAUCAUCCAAUGAACAAUCAGAUCUAUUAAGUAAAGAAGCAGGUGAUGAAGCUCGUUUAACAGGUUCAACUAAACAUGGUUUAUUAUCAUUAGAUGAAUAUCAAAUAAUACGUACAGGUGAAGAACAUUGUUUAAAAAAAUAUUUUUCUGAUGAUGAUAUAAGUUUAUCUGAUGAUGAUGAAGAAAUAACAGUAGAAAAACAAAUGGAACAGAUGACUUUAGAUCAACAAAAAGAUAGAACAACAGUUUUGAUUGAAAAUUUAAAUAAUAAUGCGUCAACAAAUCUAUCUACAUCACAUUCGAAUCUAUCAAAUACUUUCUUACUUGAUGAUACAACACAUUUAUCAGCAACAUUAGCUCAAUCAACAUCAUCACAUAUAUCUCAUAGUAGAUAUUUACAAACUUUUAAAAAAGAAAAUAAUGAUGAUGAUGAUGAUAAUUUAUCUUCUAUUCGUUUGUUUGUUCGUCAAGCAAUAAAUUCAUGUCGUGAAAAUUUAACAUUAGUUAAUCAUUUACUUGAAAAUAUUCCAUCAUCAAAUUGUAUAUUAAAACGAAAAAUUCAUCGAACAAAUUGUAUUCUAAAUCUACCAAAUACAAUUAAAGGUCUUCAAUACUAUCCAUCAACUAGUGUUCAAACUGAAUAA